AUGCCGGAGACCGACCGCUUCGACUGCCAGCUGUGCGAUCUGGCCAACAAUAUCGACGACAUGGUCCAGUGCGAAGGCUGCGGUAAGUGGUUCCACUUUGGAUGUGUGGGCUUCGACGACGGCAAGAAAGAGGACCACUGGAAGUGCCAGGAAUGUGCCGCGAAAACCACUUUCGGCGGCUCCGAUGGAGACUGCAGUGCUCAGGUCAGCAGCGGGCACCGACAGACCGACGAUUCCUCUCGGGGAACAGAAGCUAUUGGGGGACUCGCACGACUUAACCUCAAACUGCUGGAGGAGCGAAAAGCCGUCCUGCUUAGGGAGAUCGAACUACAGCAGGCGGCGCAGCUCGAACAACGAAAAUUGCAGUUGGAAAAGGAGGUGUGGAAGGCGCGGUACGAUAUCGUGAAUGCAAGGAGUGAAUCAACCAGCGGUGAAGGAAACAUCGGCGGUCUUGGAGACUGGAUGAAUCGAUUGGACCAGGUUGCUGUCCGCCAGAACCAGCUAGUUUUGGCACCGGCGAGUACAGAGACGGUUGCGACUACGAUGUCCGGAACAAGACUGCAACAUUCCGCCACUGGAGGGAUGAAAUCCACCCCGCAAGCCACUUCAUCAUUACCGGCCGUCGCAUCGCUCUUCGGGGGCGAAUUAGGUCCAGUUUCCCAGCCGAUUUCUACUGCGAUCUCAACACAAGUGAACCUGCAACAAAGCCACCUACCUGCAAGCGUGCAUCCGAUGGGACAAACUACAAGCUUUACGCACGAAUUCCAGCCUGGAGGAGGAGCAAACCGUCCGGGAUCAUCGACGCCGAUCACCACAGCAAAUUGGAUCAAUCCAGUGACGGGUCUCACCAGCUCCACCCAGUGUCUGCCACCAUCGAUCAGCUCAGUUGGUCAGUUUGUCAGCUAUCCGGGACAAUCCGGGCACGUAAGCCAACCAUACCAGGUAACAAGUAGCUUAAGCAAUUUUGCUCCAGUAGGUCAGGUAGCUUAUUCGCAGUAUGCAAAUUGUAGCGUAGGGCCAAUUUAUCCCCAAAUGAGCACAAUAAAUGCACACACGUCCUACGCUCCCUUCCCCCUCCCAACAAGCCUUCCUCAACCGCACCCACAUAUUUCGCAAGCACCAUUUGGUGCCCAAGUGAUUCCUGUCGCGAAUAUCGAUAAUUCAGCACCGACAUCUCGUCAACUCGCGGCGCGACACGUUAUGCCGAAAGAGCUUCCAGUGUUUAGUGGCAAUUCGGAAGAGUGGCCUAUGUUCUUCAGUGCUUUCAACACCUCCACGGAAGCGUGUGGUUACAGCAACGUGGAGAAUCUCGGCCGGCUCCAGCGGUGCCUGAAAGGUGGGGCCUUGGAGGCAGUUCGCAGCCGUUUGCUGCUGCCUACAUCGGUGCCACAAGUGAUGCAGACUUUGCAGUUGCUGUACGGGCGCCCGGAGCAAAUAAUCUACGCACUGCUUCAGAAGGUACGAGAGGUUCCGGUACCGAAAGCCGAUAAUUUGUGUACUGUAGUGGCCUUUGGGAUGGCAGUGCAGAACUUCUGCGAGCAUCUGGAGGCAGCGGGACAAGUGCUACAUUUUUCGAACCCGGUUCUACUCCAGGAGCUCGUGGAUAAGCUUCCAGCGAAUCUCAAGUUAGAGUGGGUAACAUUCAAGCGGCAGUUUGCGGUGGCUGACCUUCGUGUAUUCAGCCGAUACAUGGCCAAUCUGGUGUCUGCGGCCGCUGAAGUCACACUCACCCUGGACCCGAGAGGAUCAAAACCGAAAAGGGAAGAAAAGCAGAAAGGUUUCGUCAACGCUCACGCUACACCACCCGGUGCAGCGAUGUCCGUGAAGCCAACAGUGGAGUCUACGAAGGCAGUAUCGUCGAUCACCUGUCUGGUCUGUGGAGAUCCGGAUCAUCGAGUGAAGGAGUGUAAAGUCUUCAAGAAGAUGGAUCCUGACGACCGUUGGAAAACUGUUCGAGACCAUUUCCUGUGCCGGAUCUGCCUCGGGAAGCAUGGUAGAAAGCCAUGUCGAUCCGCAGCCCGAUGUGACGUGCAGGGCUGUCAAAUGCGCCAUCAUCCGCUUCUACACAGUUACUCGGCAAGUCCGUCGACCCCGGCCAAGCCGACACCACAAGGGAGCGAGACGGUGCCACGCAGCAUCCCUACCGAAGGCGUAAACGCUCAUCACACCCAGAGCUCCACGCUGUUCCGCAUGUUGCCGGUUCGACUGUUCAGCAAGGGCAAGAGCAUCGAAACACUAGCUUUUAUCGAUGAAGGGUCGUCCGUCACGCUUCUGGAGAAGGGCAUAGCGGACGCUUUGCAGGCUGAAGGAACGGAAAUGCGUCUUUGCCUAACCUGGACGAGCAAUAUCAGCCGAGAAGAGGAAGGUUCGCGCCAAGUGGAAGUAGAGAUUUCCGGAAUAGGAGGAGGCAAACGGUAUCCGCUGAAGGAUGUCAGAACCGUAGAAUCCUUGGCAUUGCCGGUACAGACGCUGCGAUACAACGAGCUCGCCGACCGGUUCGAACACCUACGAAAGCUGCCGGUCACGGACUUCGAAUCUACGGCUCCAGGAAUACUCAUUGGAGCGAAGAACACGCACCUCACAGCCACUCAACAAAUACGAGAAGGUCGCGUAGGAGAACCGAUCGCGGCGAAGACCCGCCUCGGAUGGGCUAUCUACGGAUCAAUGCCAAACGGGACAAAUUUCGCGAGUUGCAAUCUGCACAUUUGUGGCUGCGAUUCUGAUAACAGUCUGCACGAGCUAGUGAAGCAGUACUUCACGGUGGAGAAUGUAGGCGUUUCGAUGGAUCGAAGUCCUGAAUCAGACGAAGACAAGCGGGCAAGGACUCUACUGGAGAAAACAACGAGGCGAGUCGAAGGCGGAUUCGAGACCGGGCUUCUGUGGCGCUACGAACACGUAGAGUUUCCCGAUAACUACGCCAUGGCUGCACGACGAUUACGCUGCUUGGAAAAGCGGUUCAUUGCCGAUCCAACCUUAUUCGAGAACGUCCAGCGUCAGAUAGCGCAGUAUCAGCAGAAGGGCUACAUCCACGAGGCGACGGAGGAGGAGCUGGCGACGGCCGACCCAAGACGGUUGUGGUACCUUCCUGUCGGAAUAGUGCGGAACCCGAAGAAGCCAAACAAGAUUCGGAUCGUGUGGGACGCAGCGGCAACGGUGGAUGGUGUUUCCCUGAACAGCAUGUUGCUGAAAGGACCAGAUCUGGUUCAACCAUUGCCGGAUGUUCUCUGCGGAUUUCGGGAACGGAAAGUAGCAGUGGUGGGAGAUAUUAUGGAAAUGUUCCAUCAACUGAAGAUCCGCCUAGAAGACCGAUACAGUCAGCUUUUUCUCUGGCCCGGUGAUCCCGGGAAUUCUCCAAAGACAUUCGUAAUCGACGUAGCGACAUUCGGCUCCACCAGCUCCCCAUGCUCGGCGCAAUACGUGAAAAACGUUAACGCAAUCGAACACGCAGAGGAAUACCCGAGAGCAGUGCAGGCGAUUGUGCGCCGACAUUACGUUGACGAUUAUCUGCAGAGCUUCGACAGCGAGGAAGAAGCGUGUCAGGUUGUAGAAGAGGUCAAAUUAGUACAUCGGCGUGGCGGAUUCACCAUUCGCAACUGGCUCUCGAACUCGUCGACAGUUCUCAGACGGGUCGGGGAAACCGAGGCCGCUUCAAUGAAGAUCGUCAGCGAAAACUCUCAGAUAGAACGUGUACUGGGCAUGCAGUGGAAGGCAAUUGAGGACGUACUCGUGUUCUCCAGCGAAAUCGACGUGGAGACAGUCAUUCCGACCAAGCGAAGCAUCCUGCGGUGCGUGAUGAGCCAGUUCGAUCCGCUGGGGCUUCUUUCCCACUUCCUCAUCCAUGGUCGCGUUAUUAUCCAGGAUAUCUGGCGUACGAAAGCUGGAUGGGACGACGCGGUGGAUGAGCAGAUCCUGCUGCGAUGGCGUUCAUGGACCGCUAAGUUCAAGGAGCUGGAAGAGGUGCGAAUACCACGCGCCUAUUUCCCGGGCGUGACAGCGUCCGACAUUGAAGAUCUGCAGCUCCACGUUUUCGUCGAUGGCAGUGAGACUGCCUAUGCGUGCGCCGCCUAUUUUAGGGCCACUAUUCAAGGAAAGUAUCAUUGCGCACUCGUCGGAGGAAAAGCGAAAGUUGCACCGAUAAAAGCUCUCUCGAUUCCGAGGUUGGAACUCCAGGCCGCAUUGAUAGGCUGCAGGCUUAUGAAAACUCUUUGCAACAGUCAUAGCCUGCCGAUAUCGCAGCGAGUGUUUUGGACCGACUCGAAGACCGUGCUCGCCUGGAUCCAUUCCGACCACCGCCGCUACCGACAGUUUGUUGCCUGCAGAAUAGGAGAGAUUCUCUCCAAGUCCAAUGCCGUAGAGUGGCGAUACGUUCCAUCGAAGGCCAAUGUUGCAGACGAUGGCACGAAGUGGGCCAGUGGACCGAAUCUGAAAACCGACAGCCGUUGGUUUAGAGGACCGGAUUUCCUGUGGAAGUCUGAGGAGCUGUGGCCACGUCAGACUGAACCCGAAGCAACAACCGUCGAGAUCAGGCCGUGCAACGUUCACCUUACGGUGGAGCAUUACGAAGUCGUCGAAUGGAGCCGCUUCUCUAAAUUCGAAAGGCUAAAACGGACUGUUGCCUACAUCUAUCGCUUCGCAGACAACUGCCGGCGGAAGGCGACGAAGCUGCCGUUACAGAGCUCGCAUAUCACCAACGAGGAACUCAACAAAGCUGAAAACGCACUGUGGCGGCUAGCGCAGCAAGACGCGUACCCUGAAGAGAUGGUUGAGCUACAGAAAGCGAAGGAAGGACAGAAGCCGAAACUGAACCGAACCAGCCGGAUCUACAAGUUGUCUCCGUUCAUCGACGAGUGUGACGUAGUCCGAAUGGACACCCGAAUCGUUGGAGCGAUUUUCGUACCGUUUGACACCAAAUACCCAAUAAUUCUUCCGAAAGGACACCGCCUGACCAAGCUGGUCGUCGAGUGGUACCAUCGGCUCUACUUGCACGCAAACAAUGAGACGGUCAUCAAUGAAGUACGACAGCGCUUCCAUGUUCCCUGCCUGCGUGCACUGGUGCGGAAUCUGACGAAGACUUGUAUGCAGUGUAAGAUCUCCAAGGCCAAACCGUUGUGUCCGCGUGAGGCCCCACUACCGAAGGCCCGCCUUAGUCCGUACACCCGCCCUUUCAGCUACGUUGGGCUGGACUACUUCGGCCCCAUUCAGGUCAGGAUCGGACGCUCCUUGGUCAAACGGUGGGUGGCGCUUUUUACGUGCCUCACCAUCCGGGCCGUUCACCUGGAAGUGGUGCAUUCCCUGUCCACCGAGGCUUGUAAGAUGGCGAUUCGGCGGUUCGUCGUGCGACGAGGCGCGCCCCUAGAAAUCAGAAGCGAUAACGGUACCAAUUUCCUGGGUGCCAGCCACGAGUUACAGCAGCAGAUCAGAGAGAUGAAUCAGGAACUGUCAGCCGUCUUCACCAACGUAGUUACCAAGUGGGUGUUCAACCCGCCGUCAGCCCCGCACAUGGGUGGAUCAUGGGAGAGGCUUGUCAGGUCAAUCAAAAUAGCCUUUUCCAGCCUCUCGACCACCAGAAAUCCCGAUGACGAGACUCUUCUCACGUUGAUGAUCGAAGCGGAAGGAAUAGUCAAUUCCAGACCACUGACGUUCGUACCGCUGGAGUCAGAAUCUCAGGCAGCCCUUACUCCAAACCACUUUUUGCUGCUAAGUUCGCAGGGAGUUUCUCAACCUCCGAUGGCUAUUCCAGAUCAUCCAGAGUCCUUAAGGACGAACUGGCGAUUGACGACGAACCUGGUGAAUCAAUUCUGGCAUCGUUGGGUGCGGGAGUACCUUCCGACUAUCGCUGGACGUACUAAAUGGUACGGAGAGGCCAAGGAGCCGAAAGUCGGAGAUCUAGCUGUCGUCGUUGAUCCAUCGGUUCGGAACGGAUGGCUGCGUGGGCGGAUUCUUUCCGCUAUUACAGGACGAGACGGACGGUGCAGACAAGUUUUAGUGAAAACCAGUGGAGGAGUGCUGCGGCGGCCUGUUACGAAGGUUGCUAUCCUGGACGUCAAGGCAGCGGAUGAUGGAGGUAGCGGUAACGCAGUGCCACCGGAAGUGAUGGACCUGCAUUACGGGUCGGGGGAUGUUGGGGGCAACCCUACGCCACUGUCCCCUAAUAGCGCGCAGCCCUGUAACUUGUCACCGACACUUACAAUCAGAUCAGCUGUCAAACACUGA